UUAAAGUCAGAUCAAUGAAUAUUUUACGAAAUCGUGUUCUCGGACGCUCUUGACAUGUGUAUUUAGCCUAUUGUUUUCCAAUUAACAUUUUACUGUAACAGGAUGUCCUCUGACAGGAAUAUUAGUGUUAUACCUUUAGCAAAAGCUGGAUUCGUUGAUGGAGGGAACUACGAGACGUACCGUCCUGGUUAUACCGACGAUGUUGUAAAAGAAAUUAUUUUAAUGGCAACGGACUCAGUGGAUUUGUUGGAUGGAGAGUGUGAGUACGAUAUUUUAGAAUUAGGAGCGGGAACAGGCAAAUUUACAGAAUGUUUGCUGAAACACUGUCCUCAGGGAAUGAAAGUACUAGUAACAGAACCAUCCAAUGAUUUCAUUAAAACAUUGGAAGAAAAAAUCCCUGUUGUAGAGACAAGACAGUGCAGUGCCAACAAAAUACCACUUCCUGACAAUUCUGUUAAAGCCAUAAUUGCUGCUCAGUGUUUUCACUGGUUUGCAAAUGAAGAGAACAUUUCCGAAAUUGUCCGAGUAUUGAAACCAGGAGGAAAUUUUGUUUUAGUUUGGAACGUUUUAGAUGAGAGCUCACUUUUAAAUGCGGAUUUCCAAAAAUUUAUUUUAAAGUGGAUAAAGGACUCACCCCAGUAUUAUGACAUGAGAUGGAAACAAUUUCUCGACAAUUGUGACCAGGUCCGAUUGGUUUCAAGAAAAUUGUUUGAUGGCAACGAUUUAAGCGGGUCCAUUGAUCACUUAGUACGUUUAAGGACUACAUUCAGUUAUAUUCAAAGCCUUGAGGAAGUUCAAAAAGAGGAAGCAUGCGCUGAAAUAAAAGCUUUUUAUGAAAACCAUCCUGAGAGAAAAGGGAAAGAAUUCCUCACUCAUCCAAUGAAAACAGACGUUCUACACUACAAAAUCUCUUAAACAUAUUCUGAGAUGUAGAUAUUUUACACAAUAUCUAAACAUUUAGUCAUUUCUUUCAAAUAUCUUCACGUGACUCACCUUCUCAUUGUGGACAGGAGCAUGUAAUUUACUCUAAUACAAUUUGUUAUAUAGAAAAA